CCUGAUUAUCCCUGCUAGGCUCACUGUGGCUUCAGCACUGGAUCCUGUCCUUCCCAGAUUUCAGAGGAGGAAGCUUUAGCUCACAAAGUUUCACUUACAGGUCCAGGUCAAACAAUCUGCAAGUGGAGAGUCCCAUGUAACCAUUUCAUUAGCAAAGGCUAACUUGGUGAGUCUCCAAGUCAACUUCUCCCUGUGUCCUCCAAUCACUGUUCCAACUGGCCAUGGGACAGUGUCUUAUAUAAAUGUGUUUAUGAACUGUAGGGCCACAGUUCAUACUGGGCCUGCCAAUUACAAAGAAUCCCUCAGCUCAAAAAUAGUAAGUGUGCUCUCUUUCCGCCAUCUUUCCGUGCCGGCACCAUGUCGCGCGUGAAUGUCCUGGCUGAUGCUCUCAAGAGCAUCAACAAUGCUGAGAAGAGAGGCAAACGCCAGGUCCUCAUCAGGCCCUGCUCCAAAGUCAUCGUUAGGUUCCUAACUGUGAUGAUGAAGCAUGGUUGCAUUGGUGAGUUUGAAAUCAUCGACAACCACAGAGCUGGGAAAAUCGCUGUGAACCUCCCAGGCAGGUUGAACAAGUGUGGGGUGAUAAGCCCUAGGUUUGAUGUGCAACUCAAAGACCUAGAAAAAUGGCAGAACAAUCUGUUCCCAUCCCGUCAGUUUGGCUUCAUUGUACUGACAACCUCAGCUGGCAUCAUGGACCAUGAAGAAGCAAGACGAAAACACACAGGAGGAAAAAUCCUGGGAUUCUUUUUCUAGAGAUGUAAAACACAUUA